AGCACAAACAAAGGUCUUCUGCAGCCAAUUGUUGUUGCUAGGAGUGGUGGAAAACCUGCACCAAAUGUCCCAUCACCUGGUCAGCAGGUCAGUAAAUUAUUUACACAGUUAUUGUAAUUAUUAUAUGGCUUUUCAAAAUUCUCUAUUCUGAUUGGUUGACAAGCGGUCCGUAAAAACCCGUAUCCGGACCGUGGUCCGUAUUUUCCGUAUCUGGACCGGUGUCCCGGAUGUCGUUUAUCUGGCGGGAAAUUUUUGCUUUGCAAACAGAAAAAAAUUUUGCUUUUUCAAUUUUCAAUUGUGCUUUACAGAUAAAAAUUUCAAACAACCAAAUUGUUUUUGAUUGAGCAUGCAUGCCUACCGUAUAUUGUUACCCAGUGAAACUGACGAUAGCUGAUUUAAUUCGCGCGAAAAGCAUAUGCCCACAGACUCAGUUCAGCCAUUGUAAUAAACCAAUUAAUGACCUCGCCUGUUCGGUCUGUACCGUGAAAUAUCAGACCUCUGUUUUUUGCAUGGACGUCGCUUGGUCCAUACUAAAAAACCUCUGUCUGAUAUUUCACAGUAAAGACCUCACGCUCGGUCAAUAAACCGUUAUUAUCACUUUAUGUUAAGCCCAGGUUACAUGUGCGAACGGGUCAAUCAUAUUUCUAGUGAGUCAGUAUUAUUUUGUGUUCAACCACCGUUGUUCGUUCCAUUUUAAUCCCAAAUUUUUUUCCGUAAAUUUCUCCACAUUUUAGCUAUCAUUCUUCAUUUUUAACGUGGGAUAUAUAAGAUGUGCCCUACCUUUAUUUAGAGCAAAGAUCUACGCACGUUACAGCUGUUAACCAAACCAGAACACCCUGCUUCACGAGAUAUCUUGAAAGACAAGUAUGGCGUCGCUUUACCGCAGAUCCAGGAGAAAACGGAAACGGGAAUAAUGAAACAAAAGAUUGUCACUGGUUGUACAGUAGAGCCUCUGGCAACAUUGCCUCGUUCUAACAGAGUCGACCCUUCUGUAAGUUGAUGAAGUGCAAAAAGCAAGGGCUAGAGGGGUAUUCGUGCAUGGCUGCGCACCCACUACUGUAAACGAUUUUACAAUUUGCAUAAAUCACGAAAAAUUUUCAAAUUGCAUAUAAAUCACGAAAAUUGCAAACACCUCCAGAAAAUUCGUUAAGAUAAGUAGAAAACUAGUUAAAACAUCGCAUCCUGUCUUUAUCUGAUAUACAAACUCGCCUUCAGCUCGAGUUUGUAUAUCAGGGGCCUGUUGUAUAUAUAAAACUCUUAAUCACUUUUUUAAUCACUAUUUUGUAGUUAAAUAGUGAUUAAAUCUCAAAUACGCGUCUCUUAUUGGAUGACGUUUCCACUAACUAUAGUUAACUUUAAUCACUUUUUUAUACAACCGGCCCCAGAUAAAGAUCGGAUGCGAGUUUUUUAACGUGCUUAAAAAACGACCAAUCUUAUGAGUUCAUUGGCGAAGUAAUUUUAAAGAUAAACAUUGUCUAAGUCGAGAAAAUCAAAGCUGUUCAAGUUUAUAUGUGAAUGAACAUGAUUUUUAUCGCAUCUAAAACCACUGACACGGUUGCGAUUUCCUUUGUCUUUGUCUUUGAGAAUAUAAAACAGUUUAGAAAGGUCAACAAGGAGCAAUACAGCUUGGUGAAGUUCACGAUAUUUGUUGUUUAUAUUUGUUUACGAAUUAAACUUCAAUUGUUCUCGUACAUUUCCUAGAAAACGCCGCCUCCUGUUUCUGAGAAUGAUGCAAGAAAAGGAAUUCUUAGUCUCCUGGAAAGAGGGCUUAUUCCGGUAAACAUUCAUCAUGACCGCUCUGCUCAUGUGUGGUGCAUUGCUAAUGUGUUUUGGUAGAACUUUAUACUAAAAAAAACCCUGAAAUAAAUCAAUCUGUUUUGUUUCAAUUUUUUAGCCUGCAGCAGAACUGUCAUUGGAACCAUCGCCAGUUCGUCACCAUCAAGCAGUGGUGAGUUUAAAUAUGUAGUUGGUUGCAUGUCUUCAACAGUGAGCUCCUCCUUUUUGGACUCAACCUGAGUCCAGAAAGUGAUGCCAAAGAGACGGAAAUUGAAGAGUCCAGAGUGCAGGGCUUGAAGUAGCGGGUUGCCAAAGGCCAAAAGCAGGCCAUAUUUUAGAAAUGGCAGGCAAAAACAAAUUUGACCUGCCAAGUCAAAAUAAAAAUGGCAGCAAAACUUUGCUGACCUUAUUUUAAGCUAGUUUCAAGCCUGAAACUCAACGGUUGUUUUCAUUUAUGUGUCUUAACAGUUACAUGAUCCAAAAGAACAAUACACGAAGAGCAUUGCGGUGGCACCUGAGGAGUUUUACGGAGGUACUAAAUGUCACCCAUGAUGUCGCUAAACUUUUACGUGCUUAUUCUGCGUGCUCAUUUCUUAAUUUGUACAUUAUUCUUGUUUCAGUGGGAGGCUACAAUAUUGCUGCUGUAAAGGUAGGGAUUUGUACCUUUCAAAUCUUAAAUCUUGAAAUCUUGUUUGAAAUUGCAAUUAAGAACGGCUCAACGAAGAGAAAAAGGUUGGGUAAACAAAAUUUGAGUGAGUAAAAGGUUGGGUAAAUGAAAAACAAAACAACUCAAGGGUUGGGUAAUAAUAAUUUAUUGGUUAAUAAUUAUUGCUGCAAUUAAAUUGUUUUAUCUUUUUGACACAGGUUGACCAUACAAAUGCAAUAAUCGCGAAAGAGACGUCUCUAGCUGAACGUAAGAGAAAGAAACUCGAUCAUUUUCGUGAUGCCAGUCAGGUACGAAGUGUAAUUGUAUGUUGGUUAAUACUUCCUCCCAUUAAAAUAUACAUUAAAAACUUUACAGCUUGAAAACUUUACGUUAAAUGUAAUGCGUGCGUUUGUUUACGUUUGUUUUUGCUUAGGGCUGGACAGAUAAUUCAGUUCUACGAACUCCUCCGCGAGAUAUCAAUGCGAUACUGCCUGUGAGUAGUUGUACUUUGAAAUAGGUGUUGGUGAAGUUUUAGUUAAGAUUUUAUGCAAUGACAUGAUGACGUCAUGAUCAUAUAAUGAUGUGAGUGUUCAUUAAUACAUAAUAACCAAUAUGUUAGGAUAGACUUGAUGACGUCAUGACCAUGUAAUGAUGAUGUCAUGUUCAUGUCAUAAUGACGUCAUGAGGAUGGGCGGUACUAUUAAGUGAUGGGCACUGCCGCCCGCUGCCGCCCACCGUGGGCAGAACCCUGAAGGAUUUAAGUGAAAUUCAGAUUUGCAAACCUGAAGUCCAACUGGGAUAUUCUUAUGUAAUAUGUUUUUAAUAAUAUUUAGCUUCCAGCGCCAGUACCCACGCCAUCCAGCGAGAUAAAAGCUUCGCAUAAAUUUGUCAUUCAAAAUGGACGAACUCGAUCAACUUCACAGGUGAGUUUUAACUCUAGCCAUAUAUAUGUAGCUUAAUAUUCAUGGAGACGCUAUACAGUAAGUGAUGGCAUAAGUCUGAGGGACACUGAUGGAUAAAGCAACCAGCUAUAAAAUGAUGAUGUUUGAUUAAAUAAUUGCAUUGCAAGACUAAAGUCUGGUUUACACUAUCAAGUUUACACGAUCACAGUAGGAAUUUUGCAUUGGUAAAUUUGAAGAAUUUGUAAGAAAUGUGUGAGGGAACUGACUUAUUGUUUAACACUAAACCAGUUCUCUCAAACAGUUCUUACAAAUCCUUCAAAACUGAGAGUUUACCCAAUGCAAAAUUCCUACUGUGAUCACAGAAACUUUGAUAGUGUAAACCAGUCUUUAUAACACUCAGUAAGUUCCCUCAAACAUUUCUUACAAAUCCUUCAAAAUUUAGAAUUUACCAAUGCACAAUUCCUACUGUGAUCACAGAAACUUUGAUAGUGUAAACCAUCCUUUAUAACACUCAGUAAGUUCCCUCAAACAUUUCUUACAAAUCCUUCAAAACUUAGAAUUUACCUAUGCAAAAUUCCUACUGUGAUCACAUAAACUUUGAUAGUGUAAGCCAGGUUUAAAGUUGACUUAUUAAGCUCCACAUUGUAUUGUCAUCUUUUUAGGAUUUUGCAGACUUCAAACGCCAUUACUGUUUAUCAUGGGGCAGGUCAGUUUAUUUUUUCGUAUCACCUGUCAUCUCAAGUUAUAGUUCAGAUAUCAUAUGCAUACCAUGUACAGUUAUAUAUACAUGAACUUGAGGUUAGAGCUCGACGACUGGCCUCUGUAGCUCAGUUGGUUAGAGUGCUGCAUGGGAAUCGCCGGGUCGCAGGUUCAAUUCCUGCCAGAGACCUAAAGUUGCAUUUUUUGCAGCUGUCCCUGGUUAGGUCUAAGAAAUAUAUGUAAAUUUCCACUCGAUAAUUUCUAUCUACAAUACUGUAGUACUUUCAACCCAUACCAUAUUAAACCUGCAGUCGUUACAAAAAUCUCUCUAAUUGCAAACAUUAUGUUCUCUAGCAUUUUGACUCUGAUUCUGAAGUUGGAAAAAAUAAUGCGAAACUAUUCCGUGCCACUAGCAAUCAUUGACGGAGACAGGUACAGCACUACUAAUAUCCAUGAAUAGCGUUAUUGGAAUUAUUUGCGUAGUGUACGAUUAUGUAUAAAUGAUAUAUUUCGUAAUAUUUUUCUCGCAUGAAUUUGUAAAAUACUGUAAUGUGUGACUUGAUAGAAUCAUUUAACCAUUCUUUUUAUGAUAUUUAGACUAGCGGACCUCGCAUUGGUGUUUGAACUGGAGGAGAGGCCGCAGUUAGAA